AUGUCUACCAUAUAUCCUUUAACAACUACCUUGGGUAAUUAUUGUUUCGACCUUCUGCUGGAAGGAGUAAUUAAUCAAUGGAGGGUAAUUAUACGAGAUUUGAAAUUUGAACGUGUCUUAGGGCAUUUGUUGGGGGUAAUUAUUGUUUCAAUCUAUCGCUGGAUGAGGUAAUUAAUGGAAGUGGGGUAAUUAUUUGAGGGAGGGCAAUUAACACAAGUUAUACGGUAUAUAGAUUUGAAUGUUUUGUAGUAAUAAAGAAUUAAAAAAGGCCCAAAUUUUUUAAA